CUUUAUCCUGCGCAGAACAACGCGAUCAGGCCAUAAUGACCGCAUCUGACAUGGCUUCCGAGUCUUCCCAUGUCGAUAUUGCUACCCCUCAGGCGGGAAAAGCGGACCAGAAUGCCAGCCCGGCUGAGGACAGCGCAAAGAGGAAAGCGGAACAGAGCAACGGAACUCACACGCGCACAAAGCGGAAUCGCUACAUCUCAAUCGCCUGCAAUGAAUGUAAGCGACGCAAGAUCAAGUGCAACGGUCAAGUGCCAUGCCAGCGCUGUGGCCAUUUGAAACUCGAGUGCCGAUACGCCCCCAAUUGCUGUAACAAUAACUUCAAGGAUUCGGAGGAGUUCCGUUCGAUGAAAGACCAGAUCACAACUCUGCAGGAACAGGUGAACAGUCUCUUCACUAGUCUGAACGAUCUUCGGAAUCAAAGAUCAUCUUUGGACUCGCCGAAUCUGGAGGACCUCUCUCGGGAUGGCUCACAGUCGGUCUUUACGCCGAUGCACGCGGCUACCGUCAGACCUCGCGUAAGACAUCUGCGGUUCCAUGGUCCCACUAGCUCCGCCUUCAAUUUCGAUGUCGCCAGAUCCAGUCUUCAGAACAUGGGCAUUGCACCCGCCGAAGAAGUCAUGAAUGACGAUCUGACAACGGCCCAAGCCACGCCGGCCGCAUCGCCGCCUGCUCAGCAGACUGUAUUCACACAGCCCAUACAUCCGAGCAAAGAUCCAAUAUGGGCAAUCAAACGGGAGGAAGCUCUACGACUCUGUCAUGUCUAUGAGGAAGAAGUCGGGAUUAUGUAUCCGCUUGUGGAUAUUGAGAAGGUCACCAAUCAAGUCAACCUCCUCUAUACUUUCAUGGAGGCUGCAAUGCGAACUGGCUUUGCGCAGCGAGCAUUCCCGGGCUCAGACUCUCUCCAUGAUGAUAAUACAAUUGUCCUCAAGAUGAUUCUCGCCAUAACAUUGAUCGUGGAGGGGAGCGGGCGAAGUGAUUUGGGCCAACGUCUGUUCUUGAGUGUCAAGCCAGUCAUUGAGGCUAAGCUUUGGGGACCGAUCGACAUCAAGACCAUCCAGCUCUUCGGCAUGGUGGCAACUUACCAUUUCCACACGGACGACGAUGCGAUGGCCUACCGAGUGAUAGGAUUCGCUGCACGUAUGUGCCUUGAACUGGGUCUACACCGACGGGAGGCGUUGAUGAAAUCCUUUCCCAACGAGGAUCAAUGGGCUGACGUCACCAAGAUCUUCUGGACGAUCUACAGUUUGGAUAGACGCUGGAGUCUUGGUACCGGCCUACCCUUUGUCAUUCAAGAUGAGGAUAUCGACCCUAACCUCCCCGAGCCUGACGGAUCGCUGCCUUACUUGAGGUGUAUGAUCUCAUAUAAUCGUAUAAGCUCAAAGAUAUGGUAUUCCGGACUUGGCUCUGAGGGCACGACAGACAUACGCAGGGAUGAGAUCGGGUAUCUGGACUACCAGGUUCUCCAGUGGUACAAGCAGGUUCCCGAUGCGUUGAAAUUUUACCCUGGCGACUCUCCAAAGCAUGGCGAGACGGCCAGCCGGGGUUUGCGGCGACUACGGGUGCUGCUGUACUUGCGCAUGAAUCAGCUUCGGAUUCUCAUUUAUCGGCCCGUACUGCAUUCUUCUGCGAGUAUCGCCGAAGACAAAGGUCAUGCUCAAACUGUGGUGGAUGUCGCCAAAGAUACAGUUCGAGUCCUCACACAGCUUAAUCAUACGUCUGACAUAUAUCGCACUCAACAAAUUACCUUCAACUACUUCCUUGUCGCCGCUCUCGCGGUGCUCUUUUUGGCCUACGAAAUCUUACGUCUCAAAGCGGCUCUGGAAGACGAUCAAGGGACUGAGAAUGAUUGGGGAACGGCUGGGCGUGCUGGCGCGCCCGUUCGGCUCGGACUCGAACGACCCCAUUCAACGGCUGCUGUCGCCAUGGCGGGCCUGGCGGGCCAUUCGAUCGAGAAUCUAUCUGUCUAUGGACCGAUGAACGGGGUCAAUGAACUGGGAAACAGUCCUUUAAACGGACUGCAGAUGAGUCAAGAGCUCACCAACCUGUUCGAGGCUGUUGGAGGGUAUAGCAGCUUCAUUGCAUCUGGUACAGCACCCGAAGGUAUACCCGGGUUUGUAAAUCAUGAUGGAGAGCUUCAAAACACGGGCGAGGGACUUUCAGGCAUUUUUGGCGAUGAUGGCGAGCUCUCCCGGAUCAUCAGGGAGCUCUUUUGA